AUGCCAACACAGAGCAACCCGAAGACCAGUACUUUGGAUCUUAAAGCAGAUCUCUACGAGCUUGUGCGGCAAAGAAAAUCUCUCACGGAAGCUCUAGCUAACUUGGAACGCCAAAUAUAUCUGUUCGAGGGCAGUUAUUUGGACGAUACGGCCCCCUACGGGAAUAUCAUUAAGGGCUGGGAUCGUUAUCUAAUGUCCGCUGGUUCAAAUCCGACUUCCGGUACCAAUCCAUCAGGUCCUAAUCGAGUUGCUGGAGAUAAAAGGGUUCGAAAGUUCCGCGAUUCCGAUAGACUUUUCUCACGGUCGUCUGUUACAUCGAUUGCUGUAAGUUGA